AUGGUUCAUCGAGGAAGGACUUUGAAGUCAGACACUGAUGUAACAUCUCUUAAUGCGUCAACAGUAUCACACCAGUCAAAGCCAUUUAGACAGUUUUCGACUAGGUCGAGAGCAAAGAGUAACGCAAGCUUCAAAGGUUUGCGUAGAGUUUUAACACAUGAUGGCACCCUGGAUAAUGAUUAUUUUAAUAAGCACAACGUUUCUCAGAAAUGCAAGAGUUCUGAUGCACUUUUCAGAAAGCGAACGAUUAGUGGGUUGAAUAUGACAGCUUUAACAAGAGUAAAGUCCAAUCAAGGAAAAAGAUCAGCAUCCUUUCAUAGUCCGGUGCAUAAUACGCUGCUCAGUCCAAAGAACAGCAGUCAUUCUAAUACUGGAACUGCUGGUUUCGGCCUGAAACCACGAAGAAGUAAAAGUACCCAAUCUGUUCUGAGUCUUCGAGAUGCGCAAGAAUCUAAAAAGAGUGAAUCUACUACUGACGAGGAGGUGGAAUGUUUUUCGGAAGACAACAUUGAAGAUGGAAAGGUGAAUAAUGAUAAAGUAAUAGCCGAGCAUGUUAUGCCUGAAGAAAAAAAGAAUGUGCAGCAAUUAAAUCAGAAUGAAUUACAAUCCCCGGAUUCAAUAGAUGAACAAGAAGAAGAUAAAUCAGGUACUGAUGGAAAGGAAAAUCAUAGAGCUGUAUCCUUACCAUUACCUCAUUUAUCUUCCAAUAACUAUUUCGGAGAAUCAAGCCAUUCUAUAGAACAUCAGAAAGAUGGAGAAACAUCUCCAAGCUCAAUUGAAACAAAACUGAAUGCAACAAGUGUAAUCAAUGAAGAGGGGCAAUCAAAGGUGACGAAGGAAGCUGAUAUUGAUGACUUGUCCAGCCAUUCUCAAAAUUUGAGGGCCUCAUUGGUUAAAGCGGGCGAUAAUAUAUCAGAAGCACCAUAUGAUAAAGAAAAAAAAAUUCUUGAUGUUGGUAAUACCUUAGCUGCACAUAAAAGUAAUCAAAAACCAAGUCAUUCAGAUGAACAGUUUGAUCAGGAAGAUCACAUUGAUGCCCCUAGGAGUAAUUCAUCAAGAAAAAGCGACUCGAGCUUUAUGUCUCUUAGGAGACAAAGUUCUAAACAACACAAAUUAUUAAACGAAGAAGAAGAUCUAAUCAAGCCUGAUGAUAUUUCUUCCGCUGGUACCAAGGAUAUUGAAGGGCAUAGCUUACUGGAAAAUUAUGCGCCUAAUAUGAUUCUCUCCCAGUCGACUGGAGUUGAACGUAGAUUUGAAAAUUCAUCAUCCAUCCAAAAUUCGCUUGGGAAUGAAAUUCAUGACUCGGGUGAGCAUAUGGCUUCAGGUGAUACUUUUAAUGAACUGGAUGAUGGCAAAUUGCGCAAGAGCAAGAAAAAUGGUGGAAGAUCUCAACUUGGCCAAAAUAUACCGAACUCUCAGUCUACUUUCCCCACCAUUGCUAACAUCGGUAGUAAAGAUAAUAAUGUACCACAGCACAACUUUUCGACCUCCAUAUCGAGUUUAACCAAUAAUUUGAGGAGAGCUGCUCCUGAAAGCUUCCAUGGUUCAAGAAUGAAUAAUAUUUUUCACAAGAAAGGUAAUCAGAAUCUACUUCUGAGAUCCAACGAUCUCAACAAAAAUUCUGCAGCCCCGGCCUCUCCAUUGUCCAACGAACAUAUUACAUCUAGUACGAACUCCGGUAGCGAUGCAAACAGACAAUCCAACUCAGGUGCCAAAUUUAAUAGCUUCGCCCAGUUCCUUAAAUCAGAUGGGAUUGAUGCAGAAUCAAGAACACAAAGAAAAUUAUGGUUGCAGAGGGAGAAUUCUAUUAUGGACUUAAGUUCACAAAAUGACGGUAGUGACUCUAUCUUUAUGGCAGGAAACAUUGAUGCGAAAAGGGAGUUUGAGAGAAUAUCCCAUGAAUACUCUAAUGUAAAAAGAUUUUACAACCCAUUAGAUGAAGCAUUGUUGAGAGUACAACCUAUAAUAACGGGAAAUGCAAAUAAUAUCAGGAAAAAAAGCCAUAACGAUGCUCAGUCAAUCGCACAUUCUAGCAGUGAUACAGAUCAUAAGGAUGAGGACGAUUUGCUCUUUACUAACUAUGACAAAAAAUUUGAUGAUCUUUAUCCACAUCUUGCAAGUGCAAAGAUUCAGGCAGUGUUGUCCGGUAUAUGGAAAAGCGAAAGUUACUUAUUUAACAAGGAUGUUAAUCCAAUCAACAAGAAUAGGACAACGAGUACAAACCACAGCGUUGGCCACACUGCUUCACAGAAUGCACGUAACUUGCUGAGGGGCCCGAUGGGUUCCAGCACGACUUUGCACCACCAACGCGUCAUUAACUCUCUGCAGCCGACUACGAGGGCAGUGAAUCGCAGGAUGGAAAAUGUGGGCUACAUGCAUACACAGCCACAACAAAGGUGA